AUGCCAUAUUUUCCUAUACGCUAUUUUCCAAGCUUCGACAAAAAACCUGAUAUGAAUGAAUGUUUAUUUUCCAGGCGUAAUAAAAAAGUGAAAAUAGUACUUAAAAGCAUAAGUGGGAUAUCUAUUUUGAAAAAAAACAAAAUUAUUAUAAAUGGAAAUGAAACGCUAGUAUCCAUUUUAAAUUUUCUCAAAAAAAUAUAUAACAAAGAAGAAUAUAUAUAUCUAUACAUUAAUAGCACGAUUAAACCCAAUUUGGAUGAUUAUAUAUCAGAUCUAUUUGAUUUAUAUCAAAUUUCCAACAGCUUAAACAUUUCAUAUAGUUUCAAUCCAGCGUAUUAA